AUUGAUUUUGGCCUUGCACGUGAAAUGAAAUUUGGCGUUGACAAUACAAAAACUACACGUUAUUAUGCCACCCUGGCUAUGGAAAAUUAACAAAGCAACAGAUCAUUGAUAGACUUGAUGAUUACCGUUAUUUUGGCGUAGUUAUGAGAGAACUACUUACGGGUAAAAAGCCAUCUGUAGAGGCAUGUCCAGAAGAUGAUUUAAUGACACAAAUUGAAAAGAAGAUAAGAAAACGAUUAAUGAAAAUGUGGAAGGAUUUACAAGUAGUACCAGAAGUUACAGGACCUUUAGUUACUCUGUCUAGUGAAUGCAUUGAAAAUGAGGAAAUGACUUCUGAUAAAUUGGUAUCAGAAUUAAAGAAUCAUCUUAGAAAUAGUAACACUCAAAGAUGGAUUAGUAGGAAACAGCUAAAGGAUGUGAUACAACAGGGGAAAGGCAGUAAACAAACAGAAAAGUGUGAUAUAUGCUUGGCUUAUGAUGCAGUGGAGGAAAGUGUGUUCAAACACCAUGAUUGUAUAAUAUCACAUAAAUGUCUGUGUUUCAUGUAUGAGGAAUUCAUAUUGCAAUCCAUCCAUUGUCAUUCAUGUGACACAAAGGUGACACCAACUAUAGGUCAUAACUGGGCAGCCUUGCUGAUAGCAGGGUACGAUACACGUGAUUGGGUGGCCAAAUCUUUCAAAGAAGAUGUGAAAGCAAUUGAGCAAGUGAUUUCUUCAAAAUGCCCUCUUGUAAUGGGUGUAAGCACUAGUAAUAUGCAAACAGUUUGUCCAGAAGAGAAAGGAAAACCAGAUAACAUGUUAGAAAAAUUAAAAACAUCUAAAGAAGUUUUAAAAGGUAUUAAAGGUGUUCAAACUCUGCUUGUUUAUUAUUCCGGUCAUUAUAAGCCAGAUGAGGGGGGAUUUCAACUUGUUCAUAGCAAAGAAGGAGAGACUGGCAUUCAGAAUGAAGAACAAUAUCUUUCUGCUGAAGAUUUUCAAGAGGUUAUAUCAGAGAUUUUAUAUGGAUGUGAAUCAGCCGUGGAGUCAAAGAGAACAAUAGUAUUUCUAGAUUGUUGUGCUGGGCCUGUAAUUUUACCUACUAAAGAGAAUAAAUCAAUACCAACUUCAUCUGGGGAUACAAGUCAAAAUGAAAAGCUUCCAUGUUUUACUCUUAGUAAAAAUGUAAGGAUUGUACAAAUUAAUGCCUGCCGUCCAGAUCAAUUUUCGGUGGUGCAACAAGGUGGUAGCCUGUUUAGAAAGUAUCUUAUUCAGUGCCUUACAAGAGAAGCUCUGGGUGCCAAGUGUUUGAUUGAGAGCUGUUAUCAGUGCAAAAUUAAAGGGGAUUUUAUAACUAUUGAAAAACUGAUUGGUUAUGUAGGAAAGCAUCUGGAUCAACACCCUAAAAUGGAGCAAUACGACCCUGUUAUGAAUUCUUACAAUGUUAGUAAAUUGGAUGCCAAGAUAGGAUAUGUUGUAAAUUUCAAAGUGGAUUUAAAGUUUACCUUGAAGUUAGGUGAGAAAAUUAGGUAUCAUAUGAUUUCACAGCGUAUGUUCACAGAGUUACAGGAAUUACAAAAGUUGUUGUUCGAGAAAUUUGUAGAGAAAAUGGAGCUUGAUAAAUCCAUUGGAGAUGAGCCAAAAUUAGAUACAACAGAGUUAUAUGGCAUGAUUUGUAUCGAGGUUGAGAAAAUUCGUCAAAGAGAUAAAAUAACUACACUGGACCAAUUGAUGACUGCAUGGAAUGCUAAACGAGAGCUUUUGGUCACAUUAAGGGCAGAGGCUGAAAUUUAUAAUGGUAUGGUUGGAAAAUUUCUACCCAACGGCCAAAGUGUGGAUCCCAUUUUAAAAUACUUGGAAAAAAGUGAUCAUGUCACGAUGGCCUAUAAAGAUUAUAUAACUGUAGCCAAAGUUGACAUUGUGAAAUACUUAGAAAAUCUGCCUGAUGACAUUCAUGAGGAAGGCACAUCGUUGGACACAUUUGAUGAUCAUAUUGUGAACAUUGAUAAUGCUAUGAAGCAAGACAAAGAGGAGAUGAAGAAAGUAAAGGAGCUACAUAUAGUAUUUCUUUGCAAAAUUGAUGAAAACGGGAAAAAGAUUCAUAGAAGUAACUUCAUAUGUUACCAGCUCAAAAGAGAAAAAGACUUCUUUAAAGAAUUACAAAAACAACAAGAGAAAACACCCCAAAAACAUGCAAUAGGAAAAUUAAAUGGUUAA